CCCUCCUUCUCUGAGGUAGGACUCGAGAUCUAAGGGCGGAACGCGGCUGCUCAGGAUGUUGAACGCCGUGCCCACUUCGUUGAGAGGGCUCGGCCGCACCGCCUCACGUUCACUUCUCCCCUUUGCUAGAGUCGCAGCUCCCUCUGCGGCAAAGCAGGAGCGGGUGAAGAGCUGCCAUUCUAUCUUCGGCGUGCAAGCGAGAAGCUUCUCUGAUGUGCAGAGAUCCUCAGGUCACUUGGGCCCCAUCGACCUUGGAGGAGGCUUGGGUGGAACUUCAGGAGUGUCGAAGAGGACCGACAGGAAAUGUACGCUGGUGCUCGAGGACGGGUCUGUGUUUUCAGGGCAGAGCUUCGGAGCCGAAGUUUCUGUUGCAGGGGAGGUCGUCUUUAACACUGGUAUGGUUGGAUACGUCGAGAACUUCACGGACCCCUCUUAUCGGGGCCAGAUCCUCGUCAACACCUACCCCCUGUUGGGUAACUACGGCGUGCAGCACUCGCCGCCCGAUGAGCUUGGUCUCCCCUCGGGCAUGGAGAGUGAUCGUGUGCAGGUCACAGCUGUGAUCUGCCAGGACUACUGCCACCUCCCCUCUCACUGGAACGCCGACAAGACUCUAUCUCAAUGGCUCAAGGAGCACAACGUACCUGGUAUGUACGGAGUUGACACCCGUGCGCUCACCAAGAAGCUGCGCAUGCACGGGAGCAUGAAGGGAAAGAUCGUGAUGGAGGAAGAUGUCCCUCUCAGCGAUCCCAACAUGCUCAACCUCGUUGCUCACGUCUCCACCAAGGUUCCCAUGACCUUUGGCUCCGGCGACGUGCACAUCCUGGCGAUCGACUGCGGCAUCAAGUACAACAUCAUCCGAUCUCUCUGCGCUGCCGGAGUGCGCAUGACUGUCGUUCCCUGGAACUGGGACAUCAAGAAGGAGAGGUUCGACGGGUUGUUCAUCUCCAACGGCCCCGGCGACCCCGCCAUGUGCGAGGAGACCGUUGCCAACCUGAGGUGGGCGCUGGAGCAGGACAUUCCCAUCUUCGGCAUCUGCUUGGGAAACCAGCUCCUUGCUCGUGCUGCUGGAUGCAAGACUUAUAAGCUCAAGUUCGGAAAUCGUGGCCACAACCAGCCAGUCAAGGACAUGCUUACAGACAAGGUUUACAUCACUCCUCAGAACCACGGGUAUGCUGUUGACCACACAGACCUUCCUCCCGAGUGGAAGCCCUACUUUGUGAACAUCAAUGACGUCACCAACGAAGGUCUCGUGCAUGUUUCAAAGCCAUUUUUCUCUGUUCAGUUUCACCCCGAGGCUAGUGGAGGACCGGAAGACACUGGUUUCUUGUUCCAGCGCUUCAUCGACAAGGCAAGGGAGUACAAGAGGUUCGGAAAGGCGGACUCAGUCUAUCAGACCGGCCCGUACUUCCGCAACAAGAAGGUGCUUGUCCUGGGAUCUGGUGGACUUCAGAUCGGUCAGGCUGGAGAGUUCGAUUAUUCCGGCUCGCAGGCUAUCAAGGCCCUCAAGGAGGAGGGAUGCGAGACUAUCCUUGUCAACCCCAACAUCGCUACCGUGCAGACUGCGGAGGGGGUCGCCUCCAAGGUUUACUUCCUGCCCGUGACCACCUCCUUCAUCGAGCAGAUCAUCGAGAAGGAGCGCCCCGAUGGGAUCUGCUUGCAGUUCGGAGGACAGACCGCCCUCAACUGCGGCGUCGAGCUCUGGAAGCAAGGAGUGCUUGAGAAGUACGGGGUCAGAGUUCUUGGAACCCCCGUGGAGACAAUCAUUGCUGCCGAAGAUCGCGACAUCUUCAAGGAGAAGCUGGAGGAGAUUGGGGAGAAGCUCGCUCCUUCCAUUGCUUGCAAUACCCUCGAGGAGUCCCUCGAGGCUGCCAAGAACAUCGGCUACCCUGUCAUAGUGCGCGCUGCCUUCGCCCUCGGCGGCCUCGGGUCCGGGUUUGCGGACAACGAAGACCAGCUGACGAGACUUGUGGAGGUUUCUCUUUCUUCCAGCCCGCAGGUGCUUGUGGAGAAGUCGAUCAAGGGAUGGAGAGAGGCUGAGUACGAGGUCGUGCGCGACGCCUACGACAACUGCGUCACCGUCUGCAAUAUGGAGAACUUUGACCCUAUGGGGAUCCACACGGGAGAGAGCAUCGUCAUCGCUCCCUCGCAGACUCUGUCCAACGACGAGUACCACAUGCUGAGAACGGCUGCUGUGAAGGUGAUCAGGCACCUUGGCAUCAUCGGCGAGUGCAACAUCCAGUAUGCCCUGGACAAGGACUCAGAGGACUACUGCAUCAUCGAGGUUAACCCUCGCCUUUCCCGCUCAUCCGCUCUUGCCUCCAAGGCUACUGGGUACCCUCUUGCUGCUGUGGCUGCCAAGCUUGCUCUUGGUGAGUUGUGGACAGACUGUAUCGAGCUUGAGAAAAUCCCUAACGCAGUGACGAAAGUCACCACUGCAGCUUUCGAGCCCUCACUCGAUUACUGUGUCGUCAAGUACCCACGAUGGGAUCUCUCCAAGUUCGAUCGCGUCGAGAAGCAGAUUGGAACCCAGAUGCGAUCGGUUGGAGAGGUCAUGUCUAUUGCCCGUGACUUCACCGAGGGCAUCCAGAAGGCCAUGAGGAUGGUCAACUCCUCCUGGAAGGGCUUUGAGCCCCUUACCAAGUUCACGGACGAGGAGCGAGACGAGGAGCUUGCCCGUCCCACUCCCAACAGAAUCUACGCCAUCGCCGACGCCUUCUACAACGCUGGGUACUCGGUCGACCGCAUCCACGAGAUCACCAAGAUUGACCGAUGGUUCUUGAGCAAGCUCGAGUACCUCGCUGUCCUCUCCAACGAUCUCUGCAACUACAACAAGGAGACGGUUCCCAAGAACAUGGUGCUCCUGGCCAAGAAGGCUGGCUUCUCCGACUGGCAGAUCAGCAAGAGGAUCGGCUGCUCUGAGGCUGAGGCCCGCAAGCUGAGAAUCGGGAUGGGCAUCACUCCAGUUGUCAAACAGAUUGACACCCUUGCGGCCGAGUUCCCAGCUCAGACCAACUAUCUCUACAUGACCUACAACGGAGCUGAGAGUGACGUUACCUUCGACGACCAUGGCAUCAUGGUUGUGGGUUGCGGGACUUACAGGAUUGGAAGCAGCGUCGAGUUUGACUACGGCUCCGUGCUGUGCCUGCGCACUUUGAUUGCUGAGGGCAAGAAGACCGUCAUGAUCAACUGCAACCCGGAGACUGUGUCGACUGACUUCGAUGAGAGCCACAGGCUCUACUUCGAGGAGCUGAGCUUGGAGAGAGUCCUCGACAUCUACGAGGUCGAGGGCUGCACCGGAGCUGUCGUGUCCUUCGGAGGACAGAUCCCCAACAAUCUUGCCCUCCCGCUCAAGGCCAACGGGGCCAACGUGCUGGGAACUACCCCCGAGAUGAUCGACGGGGCUGAGGACAGGCAGAAACAUUCCGCAAUGCUCGACGAGCUUAAGAUCGACCAGCCUGCCUGGUCGGAGCUCAAGACCUUUGAGGAGGCUCAAGGGUUCUGCAACAAGGUUGGAUAUCCCGUGCUAGUCCGCCCGUCCUACGUGCUGAGUGGAGCAGCGAUGAAUGUCGUCCGCUCCGAGGCAGAGCUCAAGAAGUUCCUUGACAUGGCAGUUGAAGUGUCCGAAGAUGCCCCUGUGGUGAUCACCAAGUUCAUCGAGGGAGCUGAGGAGGUGGACAUCGACGCUGUUGCUGACAAGGGAAAAGUCAUCGCGUAUGCGAUCGCUGAGCACAUCGAGCAGGGUGGCGUCCACUCUGGAGACGCUUCUCUCGUCCUUCCGGCCCGCGACAUGCCCAAGGAUGUCUUCCUCCGUCUCCGCGACAUCGUCUUUAAGGUCGCCGAGAGGCUCGAGAUCACUGGACCUCUCAACAUGCAGGUUUUGUGGUGCCCCGACGGGUCUUUGAAGGUCAUUGAGACCAACGUCAGAGCGUCUCGUUCCCUUCCCUUCUCUAGCAAGGUGCUUCAGGUCGACAUGACUUCCCUCGCUACUCGCGCCAUCAUCGGUCACUCGCCGGCCAACGCGCUCGAGAUUUGCGACAAGCAGCAGGAGCUGCCUUACGUGGGCGUCAAAGUCCCUCAGUUCUCCUUCAAGCGCCUGCCAGGAGCUGACCCAACUCUCGGCGUUGAGAUGUCUUCAACUGGUGAGGUCGCUUGCUUCCAUCAGAACAAGCACGGCGCCUACCUCAGAGCGUUGCAGUCUACUUACAUGAAGAUCGCCGCCCCUGGCGAAGGCGUCUACGUGGUUCUGCCCGAGGACAGGCAGGGCGAGGGGCGCAAGGCGAAGGCGGUGGAGGCAGUCAAGAGCUGGCAGAAGCUGGGCUACGACAUGUACUGCGGGGAGAGAGACAUGGCGAUCCUUGAGAAGGCGGGAGUGAAGGGCUUCACAAAGCUGGAGCAUGCGAUGAAAGAAGGAGAGAAUCGCCUCAAGAGUCCAGCAGUGAAAAGCAUCAAGGAAGGCAAGAUCAAGCUUGUGCUGGAGAUGAGCCACAGCAAGGCUGAGCUCUUCUACGUCCUCCGUCGCUCCGCCGUAGACUUCUCCUGCUCCUUGAUCACCAACGUUGAGCAGAGUUUGCUCAUGGCACAAGCUUUGGAGAUGCACGGCUCUGAUGAGGGAGUCGUACCAAGGGGAAAGUUCAAGGAGGGGGACAUAGCAGAGGUUGAGACCUACGCUGAGUUCAUGGAGAUGAAGGAGUGAAGAGGAAGGAGAGAAGUCUUAAGAUGUAGAUGAGGAUAAGGAUGAAGAUGGUAAAUUCAUGAAAGACUGGACAUAUUCUUC